AUGGUCAAGAUCACCGGCUUCAGCACGCGGGACGUGAGGUUUCCAACCUCCCUCGACAAGACCGGUUCAGAUGCCAUGAACGCAGCAGGUGACUACUCCUCAGCCUACUGCAUCAUCACCACAGACUCAGAACACUCCGGACACGGCAUGACCUUCACAAUCGGCCGCGGCAACGAAAUCGUCUGCGCAGCCAUCUCCCUCCUCGCCCCAAUGGUCGUGGGCAAAGAACUAGAUGACCUAACAGCCGACUGGGGCAAGACCUGGCGGUACCUAGUAUCAGACAGCCAACUGCGCUGGAUCGGACCCGAAAAGGGCGUAAUCCACCUGGCGCUCGGUGCCGUUGUCAACGCCCUCUGGGAUCUCUGGGCUAAGACCCUGGGCAAGCCCGUAUGGCGCAUCGUCGCGGACAUGACGCCCGAGGAGUUCGUGCGCUGCAUUGACUUCCGCUACAUCACUGAUGCUAUCACGCCCGAGGAGGCUAUCCGUUUGCUGCAGGAGGUCGAGCCUGGUAAGCAGGAGCGCAUUAAGGAGGCUGAGGCCAGUAAGGCUGUUCCGGCUUAUACUACUAGUGCGGGUUGGUUGGGGUAUAGUAAGGAGAAGCUUAAGUUGUUGUUGGAUCAGAGUGUUGAGCAGGGGUACAAGCAUUUCAAAUUGAAGGUUGGGGGUGAUUUGGAGGAUGAUAAGAUGCGCUUGGCUAUUGCCCGUGAGGCUAUUGGGUAUGACAAGGGGAAUAUUCUUAUGGUUGAUGCUAACCAGGUCUGGUCCGUCCCCGAGGCAAUCACCUGGAUGCAAGAACUAGCCGAAUUCAAACCCUGGUUCAUUGAAGAGCCCACCUCCCCCGACGACAUCCUCGGCCAUGCCGCAAUCCGCAAAGCUCUCUCCAACACCCCCCACGGCCCCGUCGGCGUCGCCACAGGCGAGAUGUGCCAGAACCGUGUGAUCUUCAAGCAACUUCUGCAAGCCGGCGCCUUGACAGUGCUGCAGCCAGACGCCUGCCGUGUCGGCGGCGUGAACGAAGUGCUCGCGAUCCUGCUACUGGCGCGCAAGUUCGGCGUGCCUAUUGUGCCGCACUCUGGUGGUGUUGGUCUGCCCGAGUACACGCAGCACUUGAGCACGAUCGACUAUGUUGUUGUUACGGGCAAGAAGAGUGUGCUUGAGUAUGUUGAUCACUUGCAUGAGCAUUUCGUGCACCCGUCCAGUGUGCUGGAUGGAUACUAUGUUACUCCUAUGGAGCCUGGGUAUAGUGUCGAGAUGAAGGCUGGUAGUAUGGAUGCCUUUGAGUUCCCUGGGCAGGAGGGGAAGAGUUGGUGGAGGUCUGAGGAGGCUAAGGGGAUUAUUGAUGGUCCUCGGGUUGUAUAG